UGUGUGUGUGUGUGUGUGUUUGUGUGUGUGUGUGGGCAGGGCAGAGGGGUGGUGGUGCUGCAGUUCUGGAGCUGCUCUUUAACUGAGAGAGAGUCAGACGGAGACACACUGCUUCUUCUUCUGCUGCUGCUGCUUCAAACAAGUCAUCAUGUUGGUCCUCCUGGCUGGAAUCUUCCUCCUUCACAUCACCACCUUCAUCCUCCUACUCGCUGCCACCAUCGAGAAUGCCUGGUGGGUUGGGAACGGCUUUUCCACUGAUAUUUGGGCUCGUUGGGUUUUGAAUGGUCAACAGUGGAACUAUACUGACCUGCCUGCCCACUAUCCCGCAGAUUAUCUGCAGGCAGUGCAGGCGAGCUCCGUGCUGGCGUGUGUGUUCUCCGGGAUCGGCCUGUUUGUGUUUGUUGCUCAGCUCUUCACACUUCCCAAAGGAAAACGCUUCACCUUCUCCGGAAUCUUCCAGCUGCUGGCCUGUCUGUGUAUUAUGAUUGCUGCAUCAAUCUACACUGAUAUCUUCCACAAGAAUGAGAACAGCGGAAACUACGGCCCGUCCUUCAUCCUGGCCUGGAUCGCCUUCGCCCUCUCCUUCAUCUCCUGCGUCAUCUACUUCGUCCUGCGCAAGAAAAACACCUGAACUACACACACAUACACAAACACACAAAUACACACACAUGCACGCACACACACACGUACAUACAAACACAUAGGCACACACACACCUUUAUCAGUACACUGUUAACAGGGCUUGAACCCCUAUGUCCUGCAGUUUCUCCUCUUUGUGUCCUCUGUAAUAUUCUGUGAUGUUCUGAAACUAAUUCAUAUGUAAAUGAUUUACUUCUGAAUCCCCUUCUCUGAGCUCCGCCCACUAAAGCUUUACAGAACAACUUAAAACCAUCCAGACCUGUACGUGCAUGUGUGUGCGUUUGUGUGUGUGUGUGUGUGUGUGUAUAUGUGAGUGUUGGACAGUCUGUCCAGGUUUGAACUGGUUAUACUGGUUGGUGUUGGUUGGAGUCGUGCUGGAGGACCUGUGGAGAUUUACAUCAGAAAUGUGUUUAUAAAAGACUGCAGAGAUAAAGAGAGAGAAAAAAAGAGAAAGAGAAAUAGAGAGAGAGAGAGCUGACGAGGUUAAUGACUGAGGGGAUUUCCCUGGGUGUUACAGUGUGUGUGAGUGUGCGUGUGUGUGUGUGUUGGGAAUAUUAACUAGGUGGAACUGGGAAUGUGGGUCUGAAUAAACGCUUUUUUUAUUUAGUGCAGAAACUAUAAAUGAUUAUUUUAUUUUUGUUACAGUUUCUCUUUUAUCCAUUUAUUUGUAUUAAAGUUGGAAUUCCUCA